AUGAGUUUUCAGGAUCUUGAAUCUGGCGGCAGCGGGAGAAGCCACGUCAUCACCGUGCGGCAGCAACAGCCCAAGCAAGACCAUUCCCGCGCAAUCGGGUUAGCGAUCUUUCAAAUCAACACAGCCCUCUCCGCCUAUCACCGCCUUGUUGCCAGUCUCGGCACCCCCAAGGACACCCCCGACCUCCGCCGCAAACUGCGUGGCUCAAGAUUGAAAAUUGAGCAAUUGGUGAAGGAGACUUCACCCAAGUUGAAGCAAUCAGUUGAAGCUGACUGGAGUGCUGAUGCUACAAAGAAAAUUUCGGAUUUCAAACUUACAAGAGAUUUUCAAUAUGUGCUUAACGAGUUUCAAAAAGCUCAGAGGCUUGCAGCACAUAAGGAAUCAGCAUAUUCUGCGUCAACAUCUCAUCAAGACCUUCCGUCCAGCAAUCACACCUCUGAAGUGGAUACAGAUUUGACAAGAAGCAAUGAACAUAUGCACCUUCUUGCUGAAACGAGAAGGCCCGAUGUUAUGCUUGUGGGCAAUGAAAUAGAUUUCAACGAAGCUCUUAUCGAAGAAAGGGAAAAAGGAAUCAUAGAAAUUCAGCAGCAGGUUCGUGAGGUGAAUGAGAUCUUCAAGGAUUUAGCACUGCUUGUCAAGGAACAAGGACCUAUGCUUGAUGGAGUGCGCUCUAAUCUUGAGAUUUCCCAGGAUGCUAUUGACAAAGGCACUUCUCAACUUACAAAGGCAUCCAAGAUUCAACGAUCAAAUUCCUCUAUGAAGUGUUUGGUGCUGUUGAUACUUGGAAUCAUUUUGCUCAUUGUAAUGGUGGUCGUAGUGGCCUGA